GCGGCGCGCCGGCUAGCGCGCUCGCCCGCCGACUGUUCGCGAAUCCCGCCAGACACUAUGUUAUAGAGCAUACAUCAAUAAAACUAACUCCCAAUGUGCGUCCCGCUGUAAGGAUCUUAUCCGUAUCCCGCCAACUGAGCGAGAGACAACACACAACCGUCUUUCUAGUCUUCCUAAAGAAAAACGUGGUCAACGUGUGACGAUACUGUUGUUUUGAUUAGAUACGGAGCAAUGACACAAUUGUCUGAAAUUCUCAGAAAGAAAAUGCUCUAAGAACGUGUGAAUAAAAUUACUAGGUCUAUUAAAAAAAGCAAUAAUAAAAUCAAAUUAUUAAACGUAGAAACCCCUUAGCAGUGCUACAUAAUAUAAAGGCUUAGUUAUAUUAGUUUUAAUCUAUCGAAAUCUUCCAUUAAGUGUUAGUCGUGUCAUAACAUUUAUUCAUUGUAAAAUGAUUUCAAACGUACAGAACACAAGGCUUAAAAUCGCGAGUAGCAGUACUGUCGCCGAGAAAAGUGCAUUUUAAAAACGGAAAUAAAUAAUGGUAAUGGGAAAAUGCCGCAACGAGCGCAAUCCUCGUCGAACAGUUUGAUGCGACCGUUCGUGGUUCUAGCCCUGCCCGGAAUGUAUUUGCUUUACAAAUAUAACCAGUAUCGACAGCAGCAGAUGGAGACCGCGCGGCGCCGUGUCACCGAGAGGGAGCUUAUGCAUCUCAAUACGAAAAUCGAUAAAUUGCUCAAUAAACUGGAAGAAAAUGAACCGGAAUUAGCAUCAUCCCCCGAGGAGGAGUGCGUGAUAUGUGUGAACGCGAAAGCGACUAUGCAAACCUCACCGUGCGGACACCGCGUUGUGUGCCGCCGGUGUUUUGUCAAAACAAUACAGAUGGCCGUAAGUCAACGUUUGCUGCCUCUAAGAUGCGUCAUAUGUCGCGCCAAAAUCCUCAGGCUCCGGCAGACGCCUAGACUAGUUACUAGCAAGAGUUGGCAGGUGUCGAGUAGCAGCGGCAAGUCUUGGGGAGUGCCGGGCUCAGUUUCCAGCUACUCUGUCGGUGCCAGAUCAGUGCCAGCGUCAGCUUCCUUCUACUCUGUGACCAGUGGAGAAUCUUCCCUUUCUGGAGUGUCUUCCGUGUCGUCGAACAGCGGCAACGUGCCCACUGACUGCACAACAAAACUAUGUGGCGGAGCAAAAUGCGGAGGAGCUUGUCUUGGGGCGGUCCCGAGGGCGCAGGCCCCAACGCCACCGCGACCCAGACAACCAGCCUCUAACUCGUUACGGCGCUCGCAGCAUCACAGCAUGAAGGUUCGAUUACAGGAAUACCAGAUGCACAGCUACACGGGAGGACCAGCAGGCGAGCCUUCAGGUCGCCUUCCCCCCAUCCGGGAAUUCCAGAGGGAAUUUAGAGAGGGUAGACGCGAAAGUACAACUGCUAUCGCGUCUACUUCAACUAGAAUAAGAUGCGCCCAGAAAAUAGUUACGCAACUUGAAACCUCACCAAAACAAGACAAACAACAUUUCUUCCGACCUUUUAGAACACCAAACAAGGAAGACACGCCCGGAUCCAGAGACCCUAGUAAAGAGACUGAUAAAAAGAAAGAUAACCCCAAGUCGAAACCAAAAAAAGAAGACAAGAAGAAAAAAGACGACGACAAAUACAAGAAAGAUGAAACAACUGAUAAUAGAAAAAACGAAAUAGCGGAACGAAAGAAGGAAGAGAAACUAAGACUCAAAGCUGAAAAGGAAGCCAAAAAAGAAGCUAAACUUCAAGCUAAAGAAGAGGAGCGACAAGCAAAAUUAUUAGCAAAAGAAGAGGAAAGACAAGCCAAACUGCUAGCUAAAGAAGAAAAGAAGAAAGCUAAAAAAGAAGCAAAACUAGCAGCGCAAGCAGAAAAAGAGAAAAGCAAAUAGUAAAAAAUAGCAAAACUAAAAUUACAACGUAGAAACUCGUAGCCGUCUUAUUAAUAUUAGAUUGAAAUUGUUAUUGAUGAAUCGUAAAAUUUUAAAAAUAGAGAUUUAAUAAUCUAAGUAGUCCAUAGAUAAGUACGUAUUUAGGAUUAUUAUUUAUAUUUGACUUAUUUUCAGCCCAGGAAAUAGUGCUGUACCGAUUCUUGGUUACAUUUGUUUGAUAAAUAGAAGUUGUUAACCAAAAAUGUACAUAAUCUUAAAAGUCAAAUGAUAAUGAAAAGCAAUUUAAGGUACAUAGUUGUUGGAUCAUACUAAUUGGAACUCUACAAACUGCGAAGACUGAAACAAUGGGAAAAUCAUAUCGUUUUGUAAUUUAAUUGUGUAACAGUAAAUAUAAGGGCUUUGUGCAUUUCCGCAUUAUUUUCAUGAUUUAGUUUAACCAAUUUUAACUAAAGCAGUAAUCUACAAAAAAGAGAUAGGUCUACAAAAAACCACCAUGUGGGUGGUAAUCGCGUGCUGUUUCAACGACCACAAAUUCUAAAAAGUGUGAAUUUUUAAAAUUGGUCCACAAAUUACGGAGAAAUCGGUGAAUAUAAAUAAAAAAUACAUACACAAUACCUUCCUUUUUUGAAGUCAUUUAUACAAAGUCUAUAACGUCCCAUCGCGUAUGAUUUCUUUGGAUUUCUUUUUGUAUAACACCAAAGGAUGGUUGGCGAUAAGCUAAAUAAUUUCCUGUG